UCGGCGCCCCCGCGGCGGACUCCGGCCUGCGGGCGAACCGCGGGGCCGAUCAGCUGUGGCUGCCGCCGCGUUCUCACGAUUCGCGAGUCGCGCGUUUGAGAUUACAUCUUCUGCACGUCGCGGCUCCAGCUGUCGCCCCGAGGCCGGUGCAAGCGGCCGGCAAGGAGGGGAAUGCAGCUCGCGCGGAGUUGCUGUUGACCGCUGCUGGCCGCAGCGGCUUCUGAACAAGGUCUCGGAGCAGCGGGCUCACUCGCCGGAUGACCGUGGCCGAGCGCUGGUCCUUGAAUCAUGGGGCAAAAAGUGACAGGGGGCAUCAAAACAGUGGACAUGCGGGAUCCGGUGUGCCGGCCUCUGAAGCAGGAGCUGCAAGGGCUGAAUUACAGCAAGCCAUCUCGGCUGGACCUCCUGCUGGACAUGCCGUCCGUCUCCUACGAGGUCCAGCUGCUCCAUUCGUGGAACAACGAUGACCGGUCGCUCAACGUCUUCGUGAAAGAGGACAAUAAGUUGACUUUCCACCGGCAUCCGGUGGCCCAGAGUACCGACGCCAUCCGGGGCAAAGUGGGGUACACUCGCGGGCUCCACAUCUGGCAGAUUACCUGGGCGAUGAGGCAGCGGGGGACCCACGCGGUGGUGGGCGUGGCCACCGCCGAGGCCCCCUUGCACUCGGUGGGCUACACCACCCUGAUCGGGAACAACCUGGAGUCCUGGGGCUGGGAUCUGGGGCGUAACCGGCUCUACCACGACGGGAAAAACCAGGCCAGCAAGACCUAUCCGGCAUUCCUGGAGGCGGACGAGACUUUCAUUGUGCCGGAUUCGUUCUUGGUGGUGCUGGACAUGGACGACGGGACCCUGAGCUUCAUCGUGGACGGACAGUACAUGGGCGUGGCCUUUCGGGGGCUGAAAGGGAAAAAACUGUACCCCGUGGUGAGCGCCGUGUGGGGCCACUGUGAAAUCCAGAUGCGAUACUUGAAUGGCCUCGACCCCGAACCUUUACCGCUGAUGGACCUUUGUCGGCGUUCGGUGCGCCUCGCUUUGGGCAAGAACCGGCUGUGUGAGAUCGCGACGCUACCUUUGCCCAAAUCUCUCAGAAAUUAUCUUCUUUACCAAUGACCCCUCUUGACACCGGAAGGACAAGACUCUUGCUGUAGGAGUGAACUGUAUUGGAUUCGUUGAGACAAACUCUUGGGGGUUCAUCCUUUCCCGUGCAUUUUUCCGGAAAUCUGCCCCGCACGCCAUCCCUGGGCCAAGCUGCAGGUGGAAAGCUCCUUUCCAAGUUCACAUCCCAGUGGGAUUUUCCAGAAAAGAUUCCUUUUCUUGAUAAUUCUAGCCAAACUUUCUGCGUCCUUGUUUAGUUUUCCACUCGCCGUCAACCACAAAAGGUCCUGCAGAGUUUUGUCGAGCGAGGACGACUCCGCGACUCGUCCGUUUUGGAGAUGGCACAGGGGCAAGAACCAGACGAUCGGCCCAGCCUGGCUGCAGGAAAUGGAUUUGGCCCAGGAGGAUGGGGUGGUAGCCUCCAACAAAAAAAGCAAGCCACUGCUGGAGAUCUCCUUUCUCGCCCUGGUCCUCGGCCAUGUUUUAUCCUGCCUUCACCACCGUGCCUUGGUGCCCGCGCAUGGCUCACCUCCCAUCUUUUGCUGGAGAAGAUACUUGAAAUGAACAUUUGGGGUGAAAAGAUCAUUUGGGGGGGCUGGGAGGGAGGGAGGGAUUGUCCUAAACCAGCCCAUAGGAAAAAAAAAAACCCUGCUAGAAAGGACCAUUUUUCUCCAUCCGUCCUUGACAGAGAGUGGAGGAAUGGCUACACGAGUGCAGCUGGCUGGGAAUUGGGGUGCCGGAUAUUCACGCUCAAUGGGGCUUAAAUUGUAGGAUGGGUGGUCUAGCCAGCUAAGCCAAGUUCCAUCCUGGAUUCCUUGUUUGCAAUCAGGCUAAAAUCCCACCUUAGCCGGGCUAAAAUUCAGUUCCUGACGAGGAACUAGAUCUUGAAUUGAUUGGAAUCACUUUCUAAACACCUUCCUCCACUUCCUGGGCACUUUGGCAAAAAUGGCCCCACAAAUGUGAUAAUCUAAACUAGCCAACCUCCUUGAUCCAACCAGCAGGGAAAACAUUUGAAAACUGCCUUCCAAGGGAUUUAUUUUGCACGUAUUUUAUUAAUCUAAAUGGGGGAAGCUUUGGUUUUGUCCCUUCCACCAAAAAUUGUUCGACAGGUGUGUUCUUUUGUUUGACGUGUGUUGGUACACGGGGCUUCUCUAAUUUGGAGGGGGAAAUGAUAAUAUAUAGAUACAUAUGUGUGUGCGUGUAUGUAUGUGUGUAUGUGUAUAUAUAUGUGUGUGUAUGUAUGAUGUAUAUACACACACACACAUUUUGCAUUGUUUUGAAUGUAAAAACGCUGGAUUGUUUUUGUUUUGAUGUUUUUAAGACAUGCUGCUGUAGACAAAUUGUUAGUUAGUUUGUUUUAAAUGAAGAAGAAACAAAUAGGCUAGGAGGUUUUUUGUUUUGUUUAGUUUUAAGCACACAACUGGUGCCAAAGUAGUUUUGGGGAGGCGAUGUUCAUGGGCGCCUCUCUCUUUUUUUUUUUUUUAAAUCGAAUUGAAACCAAAACUGUUUUCAAGCAGAACACUUUAAAAUUGCACAUAAAAAAAAAAGAAUUUUAAUGUGUGCAUAGCCAAGCAUUUUUAAUUGUCCUUAGUCCCCGUUUCCCACUCAACACUAAGAUUCAGGCACGUAUGUGAUCCCUUUUUUUUUUUUUUUGUUUAUUAUCUUGACUAUUUCAUUUCCCCUUCCUUCCUUUGAUCCACAUCAUUGGUGUGUCUGGCUUGUACAAUUUAUUAUUUUUUUUAAAAAAAAAAAAAAACCUCUCACUGGGUUUUUUUUUCCCCUCCCCUUGUGGAUUGUAGAUGAUUAGGACCCCGAUGAAAGCGAAAGAGAACGAAAAUAAAAAUGUAUUAAUAGUG